CGCAAAUUUUUCUCGGUUCAAAACCACCAUCGCCUUCGUGAGCGGAUCCUCCCGAUACGGUCGCGCCUAGAGCUAGUCGGCAAGGCAACGACAGGAUCCCGGCGUGCAGAGACCACCGGAACUUCCAUUUUUCUCAUCCUUCCACUCCGCUCCAGUCAGAAAACAUCGAGGAAGCGUGGGUGAGUAGCGUUGGUGGCUUGCAACGGGCUGCUAGCAUGGCUUGCGGCGGGCGGCUGGUUGGGCAUGCGACAAUAGGCAUAACUAGCGGCGGCAACCAACAACAAUACUUUACAUAGAGCAUUGAAGUUGAGAUCAGGCAUCAAUUUCAAGGGAAUUUUGAAAGAUUCAGCUCAAACUUUUUAGUUUCGGGCUUUGAACAAUUUUAUUAUGGCAGAGGAGGAAGCAGUACAAUCCAGUGAAUGGCAAGGUGAGGAAGAAAAUGUCAGAAAUGAUUUCUCCAAAAGAAUUAGGAGGAGUCAAAGAGCUUAUGAUCAUAAUGAGAUGGAAAUAGACAAUGAAACAGAGAAAUCAAGGGAAGCGAGAAAGCUUGAUAGCAAGGAGAUGAGGAAAGAAAGGCGGAAAGAAAAAGACUACGGAGGUAAGGACAAGGACAGGUCGAAGCAAAGGGAAAAAGAGGAUAUUUUAGGUAGAGACAUGGACAAACAUGGUUCAAGGGAAGGGAGGGGUGGUAGUAGAGAGAAAGGGAAGGAAGAGAAGGAUGAUUAUGGUAAGGAGAGGGAGGAGCUUGGGUUGGACAAAGAAAAAAAUAGAGACAAGGUUCGCGAGAUGGAUUAUGAUCGAAUAAAGCCUCGAGAAGAUAGAGAAAAUAGAAGAGAAAAAGAUAGAGGGAAAGAACAUGAAAAGGGCAAAGAUAUUGAUCAUAACAAAGAGCAAAGCAUUAAUAAGGAAUGUGAUGUAGGUCGAGGUCAUGUGAAGGAUAAAGGAAGGGAAAGAAAAGUCAAAGAAAGGGAAUGUGAUAGGGAUAAAGGUAUUGAUCGUGGUAAAGAGCGCAGCUUUGACAAGGAGCAUGACCAAACCCGUGGUCAUUUGAAGAAUAGAGCAAGGGAGGUUCAAAAGGAGAAAGAGGUUGAGAGGAAUAGAGGAUUGCAUCAUGAGCGUGAGCAUGGGAGAGAUAGGGACAGGGUACAUGAUCAUCAUAAGGAUCGAGACAAAAAUUGGGAGAGUGAUAGAGAUAAAGAACAUGAUAAGAGCAAAAUUUCUUAUAGAGACUACAAUAAGGAGAUUGAUAAAGAGUUAGAGAGAGAUAGAGUGAAGGAGAAAGAUCGUGAAAGGGGAAAGGACAGAGAAAAGGUAAAGGACAAAAAGAGAAAAACCAAAAGAUCGAGAAGAGAAGGACAAGGGCAAGAAAAAGCACAGAGAGAAGGAAGAGGAUGUAGUCAUAGAUCAAGAUAAAUCAAGAG